GACUAAGUUUGACCUCUAGUCUAAGAUAUAUACAUAGUUACUGAGAUGCUCGGCUUCACUCAACCAGCAUUCUGCAUCUAUCUCAACAUGAUUCCCACUGACACAGCCAAAUAUGACUGGAUCUUAGCCCUGGCGUCUAUCGCCUUUGUCUUUUGCGCCUUUGGCAACGGAGCCAACGAUGUAGCCAAUUCCUAUGCUACUUCGGUCGCGGCGCAGACCCUCAACUAUGGCAUGUCGGGAUCCUCGCUGCCAUUACCGAGUCCAUCGGGGCUGUGGCCCUCGGUGCCCCGGUGACCGAAACCAUCAAGAAUAGUAUCAUUGACGUGGAUCGAUAUAGCGAGCAUCCCGGUGCAUAUAUGCUGGCCAUGGGUUGCGCCGAGGUCGGGGCAGCAAUCUGGCUCAUGUUCGCAACCAGCCGUGGCUGGCCAGUGUCAACCACGCAGACCAUGGUCGCGUCCCUCGUGGCUGUGGGACUCGCAUCACAGGCUCACAUUGACUGGGCUUGGAGCCAUGGCAGUGUCUCUCAGAUUGUGGCCACGUGGGGUGUCUCCCCGCUUGUUUCUUGCGUCCUGUCGGCUCUGAUCUUUGGUACCAUCAAAGGCACAGUUCUUGGACGCGCGGACCCUUUCAAGUGGCCCAUGCGUCUGUUUCCAGUGUACCUGGCGUUCACUGGGGCUCUUCUUGCCCUGUUUAUCGUGAUUUCGGCAUCCACUGCUUCAUCCCUGGAGGCGUUUGGGGCAGGCAAGGCCGCUGGGAUCGUCCUGGGAGUGUUUGCUGGCUGUCUGAUCUUUGCGACCGUCUUCUUCGUCCCGUACUUCCAUCGUAUUCUCGUCAAGGGGGAUGCCAGGCUUCGAUUCUAUCAUCUGCCGCUGGGACCAUGGCUACUCAAAGAUGACUGUCCGCUGUACUGGCCAGCGGUGCCCAGUUCCCAUGAAAGCGAACCUCGAGAGAAAGUCAACACCAUAGCACACACCGAGUCGCAGGGGUCAAGUGAUCUCGAAAGCGCCCAAGACCAUAUACCGUCAAUCUGCAAACAGUCACCCAUCCCUAGAGACCACUUCCUCACGCCAACCCAGCACCUCACCUGGCUGCAUCCUCGAAAAUACUGGUCUUGGCUGGAAUUCCUCCUCCAAGGCGUUGCCCGCGACGUUCUCACCCCCUCGGACCACCUCCGGUCCAUUCAUGCGAGGGCACACCGAUACGACGAUCGCGUCGAGCAUCUAUGGCGAUACUGCCUGGUUCUCGCAGCGAUGCUCAUGUCCAUCGCUCAUGGCUCCAACGACGUCGCGAAUGCCGUCGCGCCUUGGGGCCGGCAUCUACGCCACCAAUCGUGCAGCGGCUGUGGAUACGCAGACUCAUACUCCGGUAUGGUUCCUGGUAAUUGCCGGCAUACUGAUCGGAGCGGGGUUCUGGGUGUAUGGAUACCAUGUGGUGCGGACGCUGGGAAAUGGCAUCACGCAGAUGACCCCAACACGAGGGUUUGCGGUGGAGCUUGGAGUUGCAGUGACGGUGCUGGUAGCUUCAAGGCUGGGAUUGCCAGUGUCAACGACGCAGUGUCUAACGGCCGCAGCGACGGGGGUUGGCGUUGAUGAACUAUGAUGUUGGGGCUGUUAAUUGGCGGCAACUGGG